AUCAUUGCAUUUAAUGUCUGAGGAACAUGAAGAUUUGAAGGCAGAGAAUAAUUUACUUGUUGAGAAGAUCUCUGUGUUGCAGAAGGCUGUGUCUGAACUAGAGGACUGCAAACGUACCAGAGUAAUAUUAGAAGAAAAGCUUCUGCAGAUGGAGAGCAAUCUAAUGGCAAAAGAGGCACUAUCUGUUCAGGAGACCGAACCAAAAAAUGAGCUCAGCCAUAUCAGGAAAGCAAACAGGCAAUAUUAGCGGAAGAUACAACUACUUGAGGAGGAGAAAGAUCAGUGUGUAACAAAAGCUCAAGCCCUUGAAGAAGAAUUAAAGCUGAUGAAGGAAGGGAAGCAGAACCAGAGGGAGUCCAGCACUAUGAAGGUUCCUGGUUUGUCUAAAACCCAUGCUAAAGUUACUCCUGUCCAUGAAGAUAUGAAGCCCUCAAAGAAGAAUGAAGUGGUGAAAAACACUAGUCAGCAACGUGAUAAUAAAAAUAAGCAAUCCUUGAAGAAUGCUCAAGUACAAGAACUUGCAAAAGAUCAUCAGAAGCUUUGUAGCAACCAAUAUCAAAGAGAGGAUGGUAGUGGCAAUGAGAUUCUUGAUGAAAGUCCUCUUGCUGUUGGAGUCGAUCCUGCUUCAAAGAUUCAGUUGCUUGAGCAUGAACUUGCCAAGGCUAUGGAAGCAAAUAACAAAUAUAAAGCUGAGCUUGACAAGUUGUCUAAAAGCCGAAACAACCAUGCACACUCUCCUAAAAAAUCAAUAGCAGAAGAUGACAUAGUGGCAAAAGAAAGUAAUGGACGCACAAAAUCAUCACUAGAGGCAGAGUUAAUAGACAUUCGCGAGCGAUACCUCCACAUGAGCCUCAGAUACGCUGAGGUAGAAGCUCAGCGUGAGGAACUUAUGAUGAAGCUCAGGGCUAGCAAAAAUGUAAAAAGAUGGUUUUAAUGAACUCAUGACCAUAAACAAGCAAUUUCUUGUACUUUUUCAGUCUCCCCAAUUCAGGUAGCUUGUUCCACGAAUUUUUGAAGUAUAUAAGAUUUCUCAAUCUUUUACGUAUAUUCCAGAGUGUGAGUUAUUGUAAAGAAGAAUAAUACACCCCUAGCCCAAGUUUGUAAAUGAAGGAACAAUUGAGGCUGACAGGAUUAUAGAGACGUAAAAGAAAUAAAACAAAAUGGUUUUCUUUUUUCC